UGUGCGAGAAGCGGUUUCCUCCGGUUGCGUACGUCGCUGCACUUGCGGCGGAGGAAAUGGCGGCCGUCAGGAGCAGCAGGGUUUACAACAGCCAGUCAAGUACCCUCGAAGUUGACACGUAAGCUAGCUAGCCUUCUCUCUCCGCUCCGGCUCAGAGUGACAGAAGUAUGUUUCUGAUCCGUGAGGGACGCAGCGUGUGUCGGAUGGUGAAGACGUAACAGGAACACCAAACAGACAUUCAGAAGUGUUGCUGUACUCGUAGACCCCUUGCAGAGGAAUGGCCAAAGAGCAGAAACAGAGCCGGGCAGAGACAUUCAUACUGCACGGAUCCAACGGUCACAAUGGCCAACAGUGGCAGACUGGUAUAAAUAACUUGACUGGCCACUCUCAAGGCCAGAACCACACGUCGAGGAUGGCCCGUGUUGCCUCGGACGUGAGGCACAAAUGUGCUGCUUACGUGCUCGCCCUGAGGCCUUGGAGCUUCAGCGCGUCGCUCACACCGGUGGCCCUCGGCAGCGCUUUGGCGUACAAACUGGAGGGCUCCGUGGACUUGGUCAUCCUGAUGGUGUGCGCGGUGGCCGUGCUGGUGGUCCACGGGGCAGGAAACCUCGUGAACACCUACUAUGACUUCUCUAAAGGGAUCGACCACAAGAAGAGUGACGAUAGGACUCUUGUGGAUGAAAUCCUUGCACCGCAGGAUGUUGUCAUGUUUGGAGCGUUGUUGUACUCUUUGGGGUGCUUGUGUGCCACUCUGCUCUACUUCCUGUCUACGCUGAGGCUGGAGCACCUUGCCCUUAUUUACUUUGGUGGACUCUCCAGCUCUUUUUUAUACACAGGAGGUAUCGGCCUCAAGUACGUUGCCCUGGGAGACGUGGUCAUCCUCAUCACCUUUGGCCCGCUGGCGGUCAUGUUUGCUCACGCGGUGCAGGUGGGCUACCUGUCCGUGCUGCCUCUGGUGUACGCCGUCCCGCUGGCCCUCAACACAGAAGCCAUCCUCCACAGCAACAACACCAGAGACAUGGACUCCGACAAGCAGGCGGGCAUCGUCACGCUGGCCAUCCUAGUCGGCCCUACGCUGUCCUACGUCCUCUACAACCUCCUGCUCUUUGUCCCUUACGUGCUCUUCUGCAUCCUCGCCACCCGUUACACCAUCAGCAUGGCGCUGCCUCUGCUCACGCUGCCCAUGGCCUUCCCUCUCGAGAAGCAGUUUCGCAGCCGCUGCUACGCCAAGAUCCCUCAGAAGACAGCCAAGCUGAACCUGCUCAUGGGACUUUUCUAUGUGUUUGGGAUCAUUCUGGCUCCUCCUGGCAGCUUGCCGCUCCUGUGAUGACUUAGCUUUGAUAUUUCAAACUUUUUGUUGUUUUAAUACAGACUAGUUUAUGUACCUCUUUGUAUUUGUACAAAGCUAUCUGAGAGCUUUCAUCGGCUUUAAUUUAUUGUCUAAUUUAUAUGUUGAACAGACAUGUAGUUUAGGUCCUCCUGUGACUCUGAUAAUCAGAUCUAUUUUUUCAGUAUUGAGCUCGCUGUAACCUGUUGCUAAAAGUAAGAAAUGUUACAGUCAUUACAUCAGGGUAGGCGACACUUUCAUCAUAAGGCCAGAUAAGAAUCCUACAGAUGCCAUAAGUCUUGUUCCAGAUACUGACAGCUAAAAACUUCAAUGAAGCAUCAUUUCCAAAUUCUCCACAUUGUACUCUUCCGGUACGUACAGCUACAUUUGUUUGUUUUUUAUGUUUUCUUUUGGAGAGCCAAAUAGUAUUUUAUUGGAUUGUAAUAAAACUCACAGAUGCUGA